AUGAUGUCACAAAUGCAGAUGCUUGGACUUUUUGGAAUGGCUCCUACUGUAACCCCUGAAAUUCAUCGAAUAAUGUUUGAAAAUCAAUUGGCAAUGGCUAAUCCAUUUUUGGCGAGCGCGUUGUGGAAUCUACCCGUUCAGCCCACUGCACCUCAACUUCAACUUCAGGGUACAAAAGUGGUUGAGCCUCAAGUUGAAGCUCGUCCUCGAGAAGAACAACCUUUGGAUUUGAGUAGAAAAUCGGGAUUGGAAGCAAUUAUCGACAUUGAAACUGCCAAUUACAGUCACAAACAGCGAAAACAUCAACAGCACCAACAAAAUUUUACAAGCGUAGAAAAGGAGUCUACUGGUUCGGAAGAAUUAAUUAGAAACGGGUACGGUAUGAAACGGAACUACAGUCAGGUGGAUUUAACAGCUGCUGUUAAUGAUAUACGAUGUGGACGACUGGGAACGAGACGGGCCUCCACACCGGUGACGGAUUGUUCGUCAAUCUCUCCGAGUAGUGAUGGAACAGAAGGAGAGAAAACUGACAAUCCCGAAAAUCGUUGGGACAGCGACUGGACGACGAAUUUAUGGCAGAGUCUUUUUAGUCAAACUGCGGUUAAGGAAAGAAAUUUGUUGCGUAAGAAAAAGGACUCGCCACCAGUUAAGGAGAUAUCAUUGAUGCAGGAGCCAAUCGCUUCGUUGGAUAUAUCAGAAGAGUCAUCGAGUCCAGCCAUUACUGUAUAG